CCGAAACACCUUUCAUUUGAUUGCUCUGAGCUGGUGAAACUACUAACGUCAGUUUAUGUGACCAAAGAUAAUUUGUCUUCAGCAUGAAUGACAGUGAUGAUGACGAUACGCAAUUGUCAGCCCAUACUUUGGCUGCGCUGCAGGAGUUCUAUCUGGAUCAGCAGAAGAAACAAUGUGCAGAGGGCAAUAACUAUUGUGUUGGAUCUGUAGAGGAGAACUGGCAAUUGAGCCAAUUUUGGUACAGUGAUGAAACUGCUCAACGACUAGCCCAGGAGGCAAUUGAAGCUGCAGGAAGUGGUGGCAGAAUUGCUUGCAUCAGUGUCCCAAGUGUCUAUCAGAAACUGAAACAGCUUUGGAAUGAAGAAUUCUCUGCUAUAUUGUUGGAAUAUGACAGGCGGUUUUCUGCUUAUGGAAAGGAUUUUUAUUUCUACGACUAUAACAGUCCUCUGGAUCUACAUGAAGGUCUCCAUCCUCAGAGUUGUGAUUUAGUGAUAGCUGAUCCACCCUACCUUUCAGAAGAGUGUCUCAGCAAGAUGGCACUAACAGUCAAAUAUCUAACAAAAGGAAAUAUUCUUCUCUGUACUGGUGCAGUCAUGGAAGACCUGGCAGCAAAGUUACUUUCUGUGAAAAUGUGUAAAUUUCUCCCAGAGCACAACAGGAAUUUAGCAAACGAAUUUCGCUGUUAUACAAACUAUACGUCCGGAUUAGAUUUACCCUCUGUCCAUUGA